UGUGUUAGAGGGAGUGGGAGAGGAGGGUGAGGGGUACCCACAAAGAUGUUGCGUGAUUUUUUGGGAAUUUAUUUAUUUAAAUAAAAAUGGCCGCCGCAGAGAGCGGAGAGGAGAGACUCAGAGGUGAGGACAAAAAUGAAGACCAGGAAGGCUCCAAAGACAAGACCCAGAAGCAGAAGAAAAGCAAAAAGGAACGGCAAAAUGUGGAAAAACUGGAGGCCACCGUUUCCGUUCCUCCAGCUGCCCCUCCGUUCAGGCAGGGGGAUGACGGACAACAGAGAGAGCCAGGAAAAUCUGAACCCACUGACCCUGAAGUCGGAGCUGCUCUCAGUGCUCCAGAAUCUUCUGCCUCGGCCAAGCAACGGCGCUCAAUCAUUCGGGACCGAGGGCCGCUGUACGAGGACCCUUCACUGCCUCAGGGUUGGACGCGGAGGCUGAAACAGCGCAAGUCGGGCCGAUCCGCCGGCAAAUUUGACGUCUAUCUGAUCAACCCAGAAGGGAAAGCCUUCCGUUCCAAAGUGGAGCUUAUGGCACACUUCCAGAAGGUUGGCGACACCACCACGGACCCCAAUGACUUUGACUUUACGGUCACGGGCCGAGGAAGCCCGUCCCGAAGAGAAAAGAGACCGCCAAAGAAGCCCAAAGUGGUGAAACCCUCCGGUCGCGGGAGGGGCCGGCCGAAAGGCAGCGGCAAGAUGCGACAGGUCACGGAGGGGGUGGCGGUGAAGCGCGUCGUGGAGAAGACUCCAGGGAAACUCCUCGUAAAGAUGCCCUUCGUGGCCCCUAAAACUGAAACGGGGGCACCUUUGGGGCAAGUGCCGGUUGCCAAAGCGCGCCGAGGACGCAAAAGGAAAUCAGAACAGGAGCCGCCGAGUACUCCCAAAAAACGUGGUCGCAAGCCAGCGGCUGCAUCUCAGUCGGCAGCAGGGACGGGCUCUAGCGCCGCUUACGCUGCAGCUGCCAUCCUCACUGCCGAGGCCAAGAAGAAAGCUCAGAAGGAGUCUUCCGCAAAGCCUGUACAGGAGAGGGCGCUUCCGAUCAAGAAACGAAAAACACGAGAGACUUUGGAGGAACUGGAGGGGUCCGCCGCCUCCGCAACAGUCACAUCCAUGGCGAGCGCAGGAACGGGGGUAUUGAAACGACCGACAGUGUUAACUGUGACCCCAGCAAGGGAGGAGGUUGAAAUGGCACAGAGGCCUCACAAGCAUCUGGGACGGAAACACAAAGAGGCGUCGCCGGAUCCCGGGAACGGCAGCAGUGGGAGCGGUGUUCCGAAGGGUCACAAGAACAGAGAUCAACGAGGGCAGCACUUUAAACAUCACCACCAUCAUCAUCAUCACCACCCACAUCAACACUUGCAGGCCGUGCCACCCUCCACCUACACUCCACAGGCCCACCAACUCUCCCUGGGUCACUCCACGCAAGGGGGGCCACCCGUGCCUGUGACCGCAGAAAACGAACCCCGUGACUUGAGCGCCUCCAGGCCCAAACAGGAGUACACGGCCCGCAGGGAAGAAGUCAGAACUGACAGCACCUCGGGCAGGGACGCUCAGAACGCAAGCAAGAUGGCUUCCACUGACCUGAGAGGGCAGCAGACGACUGUGACGGGGGACGGCAAGGAGCUGAGAGACAUUGUACCGCCGUCCGCCGUUCCGAGGCCAAGCCGAGAGGAAACGGUCGAGUCCCGGACACCAGUGAGCGAACAAGUGAGCUGACUGACUAACUGACCAAUCAGCAGCAGCUUGUCGUGAGAAGGAAGUCAAGGCCGUCGCAGUGAGACGAGUGAUCUUACGUUCUUUUUUACUGAGGAAAAAAGAAAAGGAAACAAAAGUAUACAAAAAUGUAAACGUACUUCAACAAAAGGCAGCUGUCGUGUCUCGUUCUCUCUGUGGGUUGGACGCGGGGCGAUGAUUAUCUUUGACGUAUUGCUUCCGGGUGAUUUCUCCGCUAUCCUUUUUCUUUAUAUUUUCCUUUUUUCAACUAUAUCUUUGUAUUAGUAUAUCUUAGCACUCACCUGAACCGUUGUUCCUUUAUCAAAGCUUGUAGGAAAUAGAAACACGCUCAAGUGGUAAUGGAUGCACAAGUCAAACGCCAUAGUUGUCGUAAAGCAAAACUUUCCCAAUCGAAAUGCUCUCGAAAUUAUUAAAACGUGUCGUAGUCAUGUCGUCUCAAGCCUAGGAUAUAAGGUGUCAUAUCGGUGUUUUCCUUUCGUGUCAUGAAGGUGACAAAAUCUGAUGGGCUUCACAAAAGAUGGAAGGCGAGCUGAAGGGAAGGCCCACGUCACCUUUCCGUAUGAGCUUGGCACACAUCCUCACGCUGUAACCUUUUCAAUCAAAAUAGCUAGCGUAACUCAGACAGAAAAGAACUUCCUAGUUGUGGGUUCAUGCUAAGCUGACAUUUUUAUUUAUUGAAUAGAUUUUAUAGUAGUAUUUCCAUUGUUUUUAGUUUUUCCUUAAAAGCCAGUUUUGGGAUAAAGUGCAACUAGAGCGGACGCUUGAGGAUCUGGUGAGGAAGCUAAAGCACAAAUGUAUUUGUUAGAGAAUAUUGAAAGCACAUGCGGUAUGAUGUCUGGAGUAUAAAUUCAUUGGCUUAGAGGAAUGAAUUUGUUAGGUUUACCUGCUUGUUUCUAUGACGUACAACUGAAAUAGUGGCCUUGUGUUCCAACAACACAAAUCCCUAACAAAAAAAGUAUAUCGUUUUAAAUUUAGCUUCUUGUUUGAUUGUAUGUAGUUAUAGAUUAUUCCUAUAGAGCUGCUGUUUUCAAACGGAUUCAGAUGGUAUAAGUUUAAAGAUGGCUAUAUUUAUAUAAUGUCUUGUCUGGCUAUAGAUGUGUCAGAUGCAUGGGUUGCUUUAGGUCUACACACAAAAUAGUUGUUUAUUACAGUAUUUAGUCUUUUCUGUACAUAAAGGCUUAUAAAGUCAGGUACAUCACUGAUGGCUACCAAAGUCUACAUGUUGUAGACAUUAAAAUUAUGAACAAACAUUAUUGAUUAAUUGGCUGGCUUGGCAAAAUAGAAAGGAAAUGAUACAUGUGUACAUGUACACCUGGAUAUAAUGUAAUGUUUUUAUUGUCCACGCCUUCUGGUUUUCUCUCUCAUAAAUAUGACUAGUUUUUUGCAAAAGAAGAUUUGUUCAGAAUCAAGGACUACACAUUAAAACUACAUGCAUUCAUUUUAUGAAGUUGAUAAAGAUUGUCUCAGAACUAAUGGAAGAUUUUUAAUUGUCCUUAGCAAUGGAAAUUAAUUCUAAGGAAAUUCUGAACCAAACUGAGGAAGUUCUUCUUUGUUCAUGAUGUUUAGGAUUUUACAGUAACCGUUUCUGUUUCAGUUUUCUUUCUUUUCCUAGAUAAAAUGCACCUUAUUUUAACUAAAUGGCAAAAUAUAAAAAUUGUGAGAGGCCCAUCCAUUUAUUUGCAGAUAUUUAUCUCGUUAGACUGCAUAGACUUCUGUUUCAUGUCCGGAGGUGGUAACUUUCUUUAUUUAGUAGUAACAAAGAGCUGUUUUUGUUUAGUCUUUCAUUUACUUAAAAAAACCCCAACCAUAAAAUAAAAUAUAAAAAAAAAUACACAUGGUUUGCAAAACUCAUGUCAACGUUUAAUUUUACUAUAAUUUGUAAUUCGAAAAGAAAAUUAUAGAAAAUUAUACUUUUAAUGUGCUCUUAUCAGAUGAUAUAACUGAUGUGAGUAUUUGAAUGCAGUAUACGAGUGAGAGGGUUUGACCUUAUGUAUGUAUUUCGUAGGGUUUUGUUUGUGUACGACACAUUCAUGGUUGUUGUGGCUUCAAUGAAGGAUGUGCAUUUUCAUUGAUUUCAAUACUGAAAAUUGUAUAUUCGAAUAUUUAUCAAUCAGAACAGAGAGAAUGACACUCAGCACUCUGUAAAUCUCUUUAUAUGUCUGUUAGUUCUACUAUAGAAUAGGAUGUUGUUUUCGAUAUUUGCUGUCGUCCGGGGUUCAAAUGCAUGCGACAGAGUCUUUUGUUUCUGUUUAUUUAAAAGUGUGUUUUAGGAUAGUGAGUGCCUCAUUAUCUGGUAUUUUAAAUAUGUUUAAAGAAAAAAAAAAAAAUUUUUCUCACUUAAUGUGUAGAUAGAAUAAUAAUUGGAUAAUCCCACGGGACAUUACUUGUAAUUUUCCCCUUUGUAUCCCCGCUAAAAAUACGUUUAAGGUUUCGUUAAGAGCGAAAGCCGUCCGGUUCCAUUCUCUCCCUCACAGCCCUCCCCUUCCUCGAACCCUCACCACUGGGAAAGAGGCACAAUGGAUUAAAGAGCGUGUGCGCUCUGAACAAGGGCUAUGUAAUCAUUUCAAAUAGUCAGGAGCAGAUGGGGUAAAUGGAUUUUGAAGUCUCGAUCCCCUCCAUUCUGUAAAGGCAAACUCGGUUAAUCGCUUGAAGUCAAACAAGCGACUUAAUAUCACAAAACCACUUGCUCACUCUGUGUCCUUGUCAGAGUUUGAGCGCUCACUUAACCAGUGGCUGACGUGGUGAUCUGUCCACGGUGAAUGUCUCCCUGGUCUGGAUUACUUUGGGUGGGUGAAUGGGGGUAAUAGAAUGGAUCCUUUCGACUUUUACAUUAUGUGAGGUACAUUUAACACUUUAUUCUCAGUAUUACAGUAAAAAUGAAAGGAAAGAAACCUCCAGACAUGAAUGGAAGUUAUGACCCUAUAGAAGCUAUAUCUGUAUGGCUGCAACAGAAAGGGUAGUGCCUUUAUUUUGGGAGACUUACUAAGGUGGUUGAAGUGACCUUUGAUUCUAAAGAAACACCUUUAUCCCAACAAAGCAAAGAGGAGGUGAAUUUACAAAAACGCUUCGAUUUUCAUAGGUAGGAUGUGCACUGGUGUGUGUUGUAACUAGAUGUGUUAUUGUUCAUUUUUUUCCAUCAGCGGGAUGUUUGUGUCCAUGUAUAAGUUGUGUAUAACUAAAAACCCUCUGCUUCAUGAACUUCCUGCCUUUUGUAGCGCUCAAAGCCCACUGACAAAAAUGGAGCCCUACAAAUGGGCAAAGACAGAAUUCCUUUAUUUAUAUGUUUGGGAUUUUUUGUGCCUCUGGCAGUGAAAUAUGCUAUGGAAUGUCCUUGUGUCCCUGUAGCCAAAAAUACAUGCUAUGUACGUGAACAUGUAUCAAUAUGCAUGAUUGCCAUUAGAAGAUAGGACAUUGCUUGCCCUUUACUAUUAUAUAUAAGAUGUUUUCAAACAGCGCUCCAAGAGCUGAGCCCCACCAUGCCAACCGAAUCCGAAGGGUUUCAUGAGGUAUAAAAUACUGAAUGUGUUCCGUUGAAUGAAGGCUAGCUGUGCACUUCAGUCUGUUUAACUGUUUUGUGUUUUUUUUUUCUUUUGAUGAAUUCUGAGUUUAUAAAUGCCACUAUAUGUGUCAACAGCUGUCUUGUGGCUAGAAUCAUUUUUAGAUUUUUGUGUUAGAUUUGUUUCUCUUAAUGUUAUGUUAUUUUUAAGGAUAAACCCAAAAUGGAUAUUUUAUCUUCAUAGUAAUAGUAUAAUAGUGAACCCAUCUGAUCUGAUAUGAGUUUUUUUCGUUUAGUAUGUUUUUAGUUUGUGUACUGUGUUAAAGAGUAAAAAAAACGUGCAAAGUUUACCCACAUAACUGCAGUACAGCGCUUAAAUUCGUACAAGCAGGACAAUUUAAAGUCAGAUGAAUAAUUUCAACUAUAAGAAAUAGAUUCCUGUUCCACCGUGAUAGAAAGUUCAUGGUCUAUUUAACAUAGUCUUGUGCCUUGAAGUUUCUGUAAUAGAAUUUAUCUUUAUACCGUAGUUGUAUUUUUAUUCAGAGUCAUGUGUUUGCCUCUUGUUGGUAUUCAGUGCUUUGGAUGUAUUAAGGAUUUCUAGAGAUCAACAAUAUGUUUGCCUUGCUUUAUUUUCCUAAAUGAAAAAAAAAUGCAUUGGACAACAUUAGAGAGAUGUACUUGGGCAAUAUUGAUGAUGUAAAAAGCUAUAGGAUCUCGAUGUUUUUCAUCCCUGGUAUGUUGAAUGUGUCUCUGGUUAAUGAGUGAAGUGUGUUUGUUGGGAAAUUUUUUUCUUUUUCUUUUUACCAUCACCGUAAAUAACUUGGCCUCAAAAAUAAUCUUCCAAUCACGACUUGAGAAAAAAGUUUUAACUCUGACCGGAAGGACGAGUCUAAGAUCUGCACUUUAUAAAGUAUGUUUCCCCGGCAAGACACCCAUUAACUCUUUGUAUGUAUUUUUUACCUUUGUCCAAAGCUGUUUUGUUUUCAUAUUAUUUUAUAAUUUAGUUUUAAAUAAAAGGGAUUAGUAGUAUGUAUCUAAAAAUAUGUUAUUUUAACCAAACAAUCCCACAGACUAGGUGUCAGUGGUUAAUCACCAUCUGCCAAGCUGAGUCCUUGCCUUCCUGAAAGUGAAAAGUAUAGUUUGUGUCUACUUUUAUAGUACUGUGUUCCUGUAUCAUUUGUUUGCCGUAUGUAACAGAUACACAAUAGUAAACAACAUUUACCUGC